GGUCGAUGUCAUUUUAAACGAGGUAAGAGUCCUACAUCACAUAUUAUUUGGUCGCUAAAAUAAGUGACACGGAAAAGUUGUAUUUAACGGGUAUGUUUUUUGUACGGAAACUUUGGCUAACUUUUCAGCUGCUGUUGUUUUUGUGUGCUGGCAAUGUUAGUGCUCGAGAUGUUGCGACCGAGAUUGAAAAAAUUUUACCUCCAAUUUACGAAGCAGACUUCACUAAUUGUACAACUUUCGAUGACAGUAAGUACUGUUUGGCACAACUAGAACUUAUUCCGCCAGAUCCGAAACCAUAUUAUUGGAAGGAAGUUGAAGCCCGCUCUCAUAGCCACAAACAUUUUGACAGGCGUUACCUUGCUCGAGCGAUUUGUGUUCCACAAAAAUUAGCAGAUGAUACGAGCAUACUGGAAUACGUGAAAAACAGUUUGGAAGAAAAUAUCGCCGAGUACAAUUUAUCGUUUGAAGUUAAUAUGGUGAAUUGUCGGCGAACUAUAGAGUUUUCAUCGAUGGACAUAUGCUUCGUGAUUCUGAUUAUUUUGCAUAUUUUGAUGAUAAUCUACGCUACAAUGUGGGAUAUGAAUCGCAACACAAAAACAAGAAAACGCAGAGUUGACGAAUGGAUUCUGUCAUAUUCAGUAAUAUCAAAUUGGGAAAAAGUGACGAUCCAUAAAUCCAAAAAUAAGGAUUUUAACAAGCUGAUGUGCAUUCAGGGAAUAAGAUUCUACUCUAUGACGUUUAUUAUACUGUGCCAUAUAAAAUUGGCAUGGGCUCAGAAUUUCGUCUCCAAUCCAGAAUUUAUCGAAUAUGCUUACACACAUUGGUUUGUUCAACUGAAUCUCACAUUUGAAACUUUCCUCGUUCAGCCAUUUUUCCUUAUAUCAUCUUGGCUGCUAACAAAUCAAAUUCUUGAACUGUAUAGGUCUAAUGGAAAGUUCACCAUAUAUGACUGCUUUAUUCUCAUGGUUAAUAGAAUAUUCAGAUAUUUACCUACGCUAUUUGUAAUGGUAUUAAUGAUGCAAUCAUCAAUUGGCAACCUCGCUAGUGGACCAUUUAACUUUGACGUGGUCGAUGCGACGAGACAAGCGUGUAUUAAGAAUUGGUGGGGAACCUUAUUCCAAAUCUCUAAUGUUCUCCCCUUUUCUGAAAUGUGCAAUCCGGGGACCUGGUAUCUUUCCGUAGAUACUCAGUACUUUUUAGCUGUCCUCGCAAUUCUGUUUGCUAGCAUCAACUAUAAAUGGAAUCUCAGAAAAAUUUUGACUUUUUCCAUAAUUUUCACUUUAGUUGCAAAUGCGAUUAUAACUGGCAUUCAAAACCUCGAUGUAAUUGUACGUCCAUCUCCCGAGAAUAUUAAGGGUACAAACUUCUUACAUUAUCCCUAUUGGACUUCGCUUCAUACUGGUGUGCUUAAUAAUUGGGCAGCAAGUCUAGUGGGAAUUGCCAUUGGUAUAAUAUAUUUUCACACGAAAGAAAAAGAUAAGACGGAAUGGUAUGAGAAAGUAGUUUACCCACUGGUUUUUUAUCUAUUUCCCGUGGUUGUGAUAUACACAGCUUCGAUUCCGACCAAAGGAAUAGGAGCCAUCUCUAUUGGACCUCUACUAAAACCAUUGUAUGCAACUGGGGUCGGGUUAGGAAUUCUGGGAAUGUCCCGAAACUCUAUCAAAGGUUGGGCAAAGCGCAUCUGCGAAUGGAAAUAUGCCGUCAUCAUGGGAAACUUCAGUUUCAGCACCUACAUUUUUCAUUUCGCUGUUAUUUUUGCUAGAGGAAAUUACAACCAUGUAGUGUCGGAAACGAAUUGGCAAGAAGUGAGCUGCAAAUUUUGUAGAGGCGUGUCUCUAAAUGGUUGGUUAGGGUGCAUAGGUGCGUCCAUUUAUGGACAAAAGAAGGAAAGCACGUUUUGGAUUAGGAAUCUUAAUUUUUGAAACAUUCUGGUCAUGGAGAACAUAAACUGAUGCACAAUUUUUGUGUGUGAAAGUCCCAGUGCUAACAGUCGAGAAGUCAAGCAAACGUGAAUGAAAAUCAAAAAUUGGUGAUGCAUUUAUUUAGCGCGCAAUACAUUUUCACUCCUCAUAUCAUCCAUUUUGUGAUUUAAAUUUUGGGUAUAUUUACUCAACUAAAUAGUAGUUAAAUGUAGAGUAGUUGAAAAUGUAUUGCUAUGUCAGAUUUCGCUGGAAAGUGUGCGUAUUUUCUUGUAGCAAAGGAAAUAAAUAUUAAUAUAUUUACUAAUUAACUAAUUAAUUUCUUCCUCUAUCUAGUAAUGUAACAAUGUCGGUUUGUACUCGCAUAUGUAUACUGUAUGGGGGUGUACAAAAAGUGUUUAGGUA